GCAGAGCCGACGCCGACGCGGGGAGCAGAGCAGCGAGGAGAGCCCUCAAAUCAUUUUCAGUUCUUCUCCUCUCCUCUCCUCUCCCCGGCGCCUCAAAUCAAAGUCUUCCGUGCACCAAUCCAACCGCCCGCCCCUUGCUUCCACAACAGAGCCUCCCGCGAGGAGCCGCCGGCGCCGCCGGAAGCCAGCCCACCCUACUGUUGCUGUUUCUGUGUUAUUAUUAUUUUUUUCUACUUUUUUUUAUUGAUUGGGGGCAUGUUUCUUCCCUCGCGCCGCCCUGUUCUGGAGGCUUGGAACUUUCCUCGCCAUUUUCGAUGAUUUUUUUUGGAGAAGUUUGAUUGAUUGGUUGGAGGCGGUGUAAAGCUGCCUUUGGGGGUAUAGGUUCUUGGACUAGAGAGUUCUUGAUUUUUUUUUCGGUUUAUCAUCCGAGCUUCCAAGCAUUCAAUCCGCCUCGAAUGUUUUCGUUUCCAAUCUGAACCAGAAGCUGAAGAGAGAGAGGAAAAGAUAGGAAAGGGAUCGCCGGUUUCUUGAUUCAGACCGUACGGCCGACGCCCAAAUCGUGGUUCUUGGGACAGGGAGAAGGAACAGGCCUGACAUUUUUCAAGAAAUGAGGUUGCUUGUGCAUGUGAUCGAGGCCCGCAACCUGCCGGCGGUCGACGGCAGCGGGCUCAGCGACCCGUACGCGAAGCUGCAGCUGGGGAGGCAGCGGGCCAAGACCAAGGUGACCAAGCGGACGCUGAGCCCCGCCUGGGACGAGGAGUUCGCCUUCCGGGUCGUCGACCUCAAGGACGAGCUCGUCGUCGUCGUCGUCGACGAGGACAGGUACUUCUCCGACGACUUCCUCGGCCAGGUCAAGGUGCCUCUGUCGGCGGUGCUCGACGCCGAGAACCGCUCGCUCGGGACGCAGUGGUACCAGCUGCUGCCCAGGAGCAAGAAGUCCAAGAUCAAGGAUUACGGAGAAAUUUGUCUUACUAUCUCUCUCUCUCAAAAUUACCCUGAAGAGACAACGACACUUGCACAUUCUGUUUCAGAUGACCUUGCGUCACAUUCUGACAAAUCAACUGAAUUACAAAAGGGUUCUUCUUUGCCAAAUAUUCCUAUAGAAAUACCUGCAUCAUUAUCAGGGAGUGAUGAAAUAGAAAUCAACAAGGGGGACAGAUCAAACGGCGUUCCAUCAUUUGUCAACCGUCUGUAUCAAAUUUUUACCGCAAAACCAAAAGAUGCAGAAGCUUCAGCUCCACCUCUCACUAAGAAUGAUGAUAAUUCAGAUAUUCUUGAAGAAACACCAUCAACUAGCUCAGAGCAUCCUGAUGAUCAGGAUUAUGAAACUGGUGUAACUAUGUCCUUUGAUGAACAACUAAAAGCCUUUGGAUCUUUCCAUGAAGGGAAUGAAAUACCUGAAAAUUUGUCAGGUGGAGUUCUUAUUGAUCAAGUUUAUGCCGUUGCACCCAGUGACUUGAAUGGACUUCUUUUCUCACCAAGUUCAGAUUUUUUGCAAUCAUUAGCAGAGAUGCAAGGAACUACUGGUCUUGAAAUUCAACAAUGGAGACUUGAAAAUGAUGGUGAGGUUUUGCAAAGGGUAGUAAGCUACACAAAAGCACCUACUGCACUAGUUAAGGCUGUGAAAGCAACAGAGGAUGUGUCAUAUCUGAAGGCAGAUGAAGAUAUCUACGCAACUUUGGCAGAUGUUAGUACUCCAGAAGUUCCAUUUGGAAAUUCUUUUAGGGUGGAGGUUUUAACAUGUAUAACGCCAGGGCCUGAACUACCUGAUGAUGAAAAGUCCUCGCGUCUUGUAAUCUCCUGGCGCGUGAAUUUUAUCCAGAGUACAAUGAUGAAGAGCAUGAUUGAAAAUGGGGCUAAACAAGGCUUAAAGGACUGCUACAAUCAGUUCUCUGAGCUCCUGGCUCGAAAUAUCAGGCCAGUUGAUUCAAAAGAUACAGCAGCUGCUGAUAAAGUUUUGUCUUCAAUACAACCAGAGCAAGAAUCUGAUUGGAAACUAGCAUUCCGUAUAUUUGGAAACUUUACUGUUGUAUCCUCAAUGCUUGCAUUUAUUUAUGUUUUUUCACACAUCAUCCUUGCAAGCCCCAGUAUAAUACAAGGUCUUGAGUUCCCUGGAUUGGACUUGCCAGAUUCUAUUGGUGAAGUUGUAGUGUGUGGAGUUCUUGUUCUGCAAGGACAGCGUGUCCUAAAUAUGAUUGCACGAUUCAUACAUGCUAAGAGGCAGAGAGGUAGUGAUCAUGGAGUCAAAGCACAAGGAGAUGGUUGGUUGCUGACUGUUGCCCUAAUUGAUGGUACCAACUUAGCAGCAACCAAACCAUCUGGUUACUCUGAUCCAUAUGUUGUAUUUACCUGCAAUGGCAAGACAAAGACAAGUUCAAUUAAAUUUCACACUCUGGAGCCUCGAUGGAAUGAGAUAUUUGAAUUUGACGCCAUGGAAGAUCCACCAUCAGUUAUGAAAAUAAAUGUGUACGAUUUUGAUGGACCCUUUGAUGAAGUUGUGUCUCUUGGUCAUGCUGAAGUAAAUUUCUUGAAAUCUAAUUUUUCUGAGCUUGCCGACAUUUGGAUUCCUCUCAAGGGUAAGCUGGCUCAACCAUGUCAGUCAAAAUUGCAUUUGAGAAUUUUCUUGAAUAAUUCAAGGGGUACUGAAGUCAUGAAGGUCUACUUAGACAAAAUGGAGAAAGAGGUUGGCAAAAAGAUUGCUGUAAGGUCUCCACAUACAAACUCAGCAUUCCAGAAGAUCUUUUCUUUGCCACCAGAAGAAUUUCUAAUCAAUGAUUUUACUUGUCAUUUAAAGCGCAAAAUGCUUACACAGGGCCGCCUGUUUUUAUCUCCAAGAAUUAUUGGGUUUUACACUAAUCUUUUUGGCCACAAAACAAAAUUCUUCUUUCUUUGGGAAGAUAUUGAGGACAUCCAAGUGCUGCCUGCAACACUAUCUUCAAUGGGAAGUCCAUCUCUGCUUAUUGUUCUUCACAAGGGCAGAGGAAUGGAUGCAAGACAUGGAGCAAAGCAACUUGAUAAUGAAGGACGACUCAAAUUUCAUUUCCAGUCUUUUGUAUCGUUCAAUGUGGCACAUAAAACAAUAAUGGCACUAUGGAAGGCAAGAUCCUUGAGCCCUGAACAAAAAGUACAGCUGGUAGAAGAGGACUCAGAAAUGGAAGAUCUCCAGAAUGAUGAAAGUGGUUCUUUCUUAGGGAUAGAGGAUGCGAAAAUGUCAGAAGUAUUUUCAUCUACAAAACCUUUUGACGUAUUGACACUCAUGGACAUAUUUGAGGGUGGUUCUUUGGAGCGUCAAGUGAUGGAGAAAAUUGGCUGCAUGGAGUACUCUGUUUCUGCAUGGGAACCCGUCAGGGCUGAUGUUUACCAGAGGCAAGUUCAUUACAAAUUUGACAAGAGAUUGGCACGCCACGAGGGGGAAGUAAUGAGCACCCAACAGAAAUCCCCUUUGCCCGAUAAGAAUGGAUGGCUUGUUGAAGAAGUGAUGACACUUGAAGGUAUCCCAGUUGGUGAAUACUUCAAUCUGCAUAUUCGAUACCAAGUAGAGCAGGUGGCAUCCAAGCCCAGGACAUGCAAUGUUCAAGCGUCUAUUGGGAUAUCGUGGUUAAAGAGCUGCAAGAACAAAAAGAAGAUCGCGCAGGAGGUAUCAUCCAAUGCAUCUUCUCGCCUCAAGAAGAUAUUCAACCUACUUGAGAAGGAAUGCUCACCAGCUAAGUAGGGACCCUUUUUGAUACCCUGCGUUUUCUGGUGCACAAAUGUAUCGCCUAAAAUGAUCAUCUGGUGUCUUGGUUUGACAACAUUUUGCUCCUGAUGCUGAGAAAGAAUCAGUACAUAAUGAGAAAGGUUCAAACUUCCCACUCAAGGCAGUGUACCAUACCCUAAUGAAGAUCUAAGCCUGCAAGAUUCAGAUUGGAGAAUUAAUAGCAGGUCUAGGAAUGUUCAAAUGCAGAGGAUGGAGGUUUUCAUUGAUUAAUGAAAUCUUCCAUUAUCUAAGAAAAUGUAGUUGUUAAAACAAAGAGAUUUGGAUCUUGCCUGUAGGCUCUUCAAGAUAGAUUAGUUCAUUAGAUGAUUAGAAUCUUUGGUCAGUGUCCCUGUAGUUGUCACUCUCUUUAGCAACAGAAAACAAUGAAGGUUCCAUAACCAUUCUUUUUUAUAGUUUUUUUACCAACAAAUAUCACAUGAUCUUUCGUCACGGACAAAUCACAAAUGAAAGGGGAAAAUACCAGAAAAAAACUGAGUCUAUGUUUAACUAAUGGACCAGGCCAUACUUUUUUAUGUUAAACUGAUUGAUCUAAUCGGUUUCAUGGUUAAGCCAAGUCUGGUACCCAUGUAUAGAUGGUACACAUGGGUUGAUCCAUCCACUUGAAUUUUGGUUCCUGCCACUCGCCUUCAGGGAAUUCAUUCUUGUAACUAUGGAGAACAUGGCACUUAAGUUUGUUGUUUGAGGGUAUGCAUACCCAUGUUUAUAUUUUGUUACUAUUUGUAUUAUCUUAAUUCACAAUUCGUCCACGCCUAUGAAUCAGUCGAUAUUUUGUACAAAUUUUACGAACAGAAGCUCUUAUUUUCUUAUUUCCAUAUUCCUUUCUUAAACUAUGAAUUUGCUCUUUUGGGAAAAAAUAAGUCUCUUUGAUUGAAAGAACUUUGAAUUUAUUACCCUAGAAAAAA